UCGUGAAUACAUGUGUGCGUGUGUGGGUGGGGUAAUUUUAUUAAGUUUAAUUCCCGGUUUUAAUGCCAAUUUGUUUGCCAUCUAGAAGAAUAUGUGUUACCAUUUAAAAGACAUAUCUCUAUCGAUUUUUGUGUUUUGUGUAUUGCUCGGUAAAGUGUUUAAAUACUUGUACCUAUUGAAUUCGUUGACUUAGAGAUUUCGCAAAAAACAAUCAUACAAAGGUACGCUGAGUCGAGGCUAUUUAUCUAUUUCAAACCAGUUAUAUAUAAUCAUGUUGCAUCACAUGUGCUUCAAAAAUUUCGUCCAUUUCAAAGAACACCAAACUUUGAAAUUUCAGCCUGGUAUCAACAUUCUUGUUGGGCAAAAUUCAUCAGGCAAAACCAGUAUCCUCGAAAUGAUUCGACGGUGCAUGACAAAACGCAUAAACAAUCACGUGACCAGUUCCUAUGACGAAUCGAGGGAAGCUUACCUUGUGUGCAAAUUUGAUAUAACCUCAUACUAAGGUGAACUACUUCAUUCUUUGGACAAGAAACCUGCUGUGCAGCAAUUAGGGGACCGACAAGACCCGAUGUACCUUCUUUCUAUAGUGCAAAAAAUUCCAUUCAAUGGACGUGUUAUUUGGAAAAAAUCUGUUUGUUUCAAAAGAGACGAUAAGGUCACAGUACUAGUUGGAUAUUACAACGUGGAAAAAGACAAUAUUUUGUCCAGCGAAGAUAAUGUAGAAUUUUUCAUGGGCGAGAUUGAUUCUCUCUGGAUGCUGGAUGACGCUGAUUCGGUAAAAGACAAUGAGGGACAAAUAGUAAAAGACUUGAAUAAAAUUGAUGCAAAAAAUGACAAUCGGUUUAAACAAUUGGACUCUUCUAGUAAGUUGCUAGACGAGAUUUUAGAAAUAAUAGAGAAAAGGUACGUUUCCACUACCCCCAUGAGAUCUAUAAACUCUGUCCAGUGGAGUAGAAGCAGGCAAAGGUCUUCAGAAGAAUCUGCAAACUGUAAAGAGGCCGUAGAAAGAGCAGAAAUCUUGCAAACUUUGCUAAACAAUAAAGAAGAAGUAGACUGUAAAAGGGCAGAUGAAAUCUUUGAGGAAAUUACGAGACCUUUAGUUUAUAAGUUCUCUAAAACCGGCAGUGAUAUAAUUAUUGAACAUAAAAAUGAUAACCCACCAGAAACAAAACGGGUGCCUCUCUUAAAAACACCUGAAGGAAUUAUAGAAGCACAACAGCUGGCUUUGUUAUUGGCACACAGAGAAUUUAAAACCCUGUGUUUCGAAGAACCCGAUAGAGGCAUGCAUCCUAAAAUGAUUGAGCAACUUUUACAAACUCUGACAGAAGAAACCGGCAAAACAAUUCUAGUUGUUACCCAUAGUCCAUAUUUUAUAAAUCAUAUCACUGCCGAGUUAACCCACGUUUGCGUGCGGCGAAGAGAUGAUGAUUCCGUUAAAAGUGUACACAGUGUACAACGCUUUUUAGAGAAUGCUAAAGCGUGUAAAAUUACUGACACAGAUGAACUCAAGAAAAUUGUCUUUUCCUCUCAGAUUCUUUGCGUAGAGGGUAAAACGGACAAAAUUUUUGUACAGGCAAUUUUUGAACAUAUGAAGAAAACGAUGGGUAUGAAAUCUAUACCUGCUCACCAGAUAAUCGUAAUGAACUCUAAUACGCUUUUUCAAGCAGUGUAAAGUAUAUGUGAAUCUUUGAAUGUGAAAUGUGUUGUACUUUUAGAUAGAGAUGCUAUCAUUAGGCCUCAACAAACGCGAAAAGGAAAAGUUCCAAGAGGUUCAUCAAAUAACCAAGAAGAGACCAUCAAAGAAAUAAGAUUAACAGGAAUUACAAGUAAAGAAGACGAAAAUAUUCUCCAAAAAUGGGAAGGUAAAAGUCUACAGAAAUUUGAAAGUGCUGGAACUUACGAAAUCCUUUUUAAAAUUCUUGCAGACAAAGAUAUAUUCAUCUGGAAAAAUGGUAAUCUCGAGGAUACUAUUAGAUCUGUUUUUACAGGCGGUUCAUUCUUUGAGAUGUUUAAAGAAGAUUUAGAAAAAUUGACCGUAAGUACAUUUGAUAAAGAAAAACUUUCCAAAUUAGCGAAGGAGAUGUGUAAAUCAGAUGAAAUUCAACGUUUUCUGGAUUUUUUUAAAUCAAAAGAAAAAAAAUGAUAAAACAAAAGAAGUUAUUUACAAAAGGUCAAACGAUCAGUGAUGACGAUUUGGAAGUUGCUAUUAACGAAUCUAAGGGUCAAACCAUGUGAUGUUGUAACUAUCUACCUCUAGAAAGAAGAAUUAAUGGACGUUAAAUAGAAUACUUGUAAGUGAUAUUAUUGUUCCAAAAUGACAAUUUCGAUCAGGAAAGUCAAUUAAGAAUGUUUAGCAAGAUAAUCCUAUCGAUUAUAUCAUUUGCUAUUCAAACUCAUUUGUAAGUAGGUUCUAACUAUUGAGCACGGCAAUGUUCUAUUUCAGGGUAUUUUUAUAACGUUAAUCUAUUUUAUAAUCAUAACGCUUUAUUCACUGCUACUUUUUAUUAAUGUAUCUACUUAGAGCUUAUUUACUGUAUUCUUCUGUUUUGAAAAUCAU